CGCAGACUGCUGGCCGUCAGCGAUGCUGAGGACGUCAUCUGCCUAGAACAUGUAGCCUGGUUAUCGCCAACACCGCUCGAGUGUCCGUGUUUUGGAACAACAUUUAGCUUUACUUAUGACUGACACUGCACACAAGUGUCGGUUGGUGUCAAAUAUGUACGCAAAACCUUAUCACGGGAGCUGUAGUUUGUUCAGGGAGCAGUUAAAAGUUACCGUGUGAAAACAGCCGCAUUACCUAGCCUGCUAGCUAGUCUAGCUAACCAACAGCUAGCCCUGCUGCGCUAGCGACUGUGUAGCCUCCGUAAACAGCACAGUAAUUAGAUGUUCACAGAGCGGCUUCUCGGUGAGAAAUUCCCGUCGUCUGCUUGGUACGUGGCGCCUUGUGAAGGGAUAAAAUACAUCCUGAGAUAAGCCGGCGGUGAGAGUCAUGGGGGCGUUCCUAGACAAGCCCAAGACGGAGAAGCACAAUGCACACGGUGAGGGAAAUGGCCUGCGCUACGGCCUGAGCAGCAUGCAAGGAUGGCGUGUGGAAAUGGAGGAUGCACAUACAGCCACUGUGGGUUUACCACAUGGCCUUGACGACUGGUCCUUUUUUGCUGUGUAUGAUGGGCAUGCAGGCUCACGUGUGGCCAACUACUGCUCCAAGCACCUGCUGGAGCACAUCGUGGCAGCUGCGCCGGCCGGCGAGCUAGGCCGCAGUGUGGAGGCGGUGAAGAGCGGCGUGCGUGCUGGCUUCCUGCGCAUCGACGAGCACAUGCGUGGCUUCGCAGACCCGCGCAACGGCCUCGAUCGCAGCGGCUCCACAGCCGUGGCGGUACUGCUUUCACCUGAGCAUAUGUACUUCAUCAAUUGUGGUGACUCGCGUGCGCUGCUUUGUCGUGAUGCACGUGUUCGCUUCUCCACACUCGACCACAAGCCAUGUGACCCACGCGAGAAGGAGCGCAUCCAGAACGCUGGCGGGUCUGUCAUGAUCCAGCGUGUGAAUGGCUCUCUGGCCGUGUCGCGCGCUCUGGGCGACUAUGACUACAAGUGUGUGGAGGGCAAGGGCCCCACCGAGCAGCUGGUUUCCCCUGAGCCUGAGGUAUUUGAGAUUCCCCGUGUGCCAGAUGAGGACGAGUUUGUGGUGCUGGCCUGUGAUGGUAUAUGGGACGUGAUGAGUAAUGAGGAGCUGUGUGCCUUUGUGCGUGCCAGGCUGGAGGUGUCUGAUGACUUGGAAAAAGUGUGCAAUGAGGUGGUGGACACGUGCCUGCACAAGGGAAGUCGAGAUAACAUGAGUGUUGUGUUAGUGUGUUUGCCAAAUGCACCCAAAGUGUCAGAAGAGGCAGUGAAGAGAGAUGCAGAGUUGGAUAAGUUCCUUGAAUCUAGUGUGGAAGAAUUCAUUGAGAAAGCAGGGGAAGAUGGAAUUCCUGAUCUGGUACAUGUCAUGAGAAGCCUUGCCACAGAGAAUAUCCCUAACCUCCCACCAGGGGGAGGCCUUGCCAGCAAGCACAGUGUUAUUGAGGCUGUGUAUAACCGGCUCAACCCCCAAAGAGAAGACGAUGGGAACGGUGCAGACCUGGAGGACCCCUGGUAGCUGCCCACCCUGAGGGCCUACAGCCUUAAAGGAUCCCUCUGUUCACGAGACACCCUUCAUACUUUUGUUCCACUUUUUUAUAAAAUUUCCAUAUUGAUUUGGGUCAUCAUUAAUAAUUUGAAGUACAAUGGUAAAUAGUCUGCCCAAAAGGAUUACAGACUACUAUUUUUUUUUUUUUUUUUUUGCAAAAACAUGAGGGAAAGAGAACUUUAGCUUUAGAAAGUAUACAUCAAACCGUAAAGACAGUUUUUGUGCUUUUUUUUUUCUUCCCCCUCCCCCCUUUGUGGUUGUCGGUGUUCUUGUUGAAACUUGGCUAUGGAGCAGUGCACGCCCAUAAGCGUUGUGGUGCCUUUUUCUAAGCGGCUUCGGAUAGGGGACUUGGGCUAGUGGCUGUUUCAUAGCUUUCACCCCCUCCCCCCCCUCCGAGCACAAUAGAGCAGCCAGGCAACUUGAGACCACUGCUACCCUCUAAACCUGGGGGGUAUGGACCAUCACUGGCUUUAAUCAGGAUUUCCUUGACUGACUAUUGCAUGUGGAACAUGUCUGGAGGACUUGCUACAUUACUACAUAACCUGUGUGGAAAAGUUUGAAGUUUGACAGCUUUUUUGCACCUUUUACACCCCACUGCCCACCCACAUGUGCUCUGAUAGACGCUGAAGGAGAGAGACUGCAUCAAUAUUGCUUCAUUCUGUAGUUUAUUACUUGUUUGGUUGUUAUAAGCUUUUAAUCCUGCUGUUUCAGAUAAUAUAGAUUAUAUAGAGUGAAUGUAUGUAUGUAUGUAUGUGCGUGUGUGUGUGUAUAUAUGUGCGUGUGUGUGUGUUAUAUAUAUAUAUAUAUAUAUAUAUAUAUAUAUAUAUAUAUAUAUAUAUAUAGUUGAUCUAUUUUUUUUUUCCUCUUUGAGUACAGUGUCAUUUAUGGCUUACUGUUUAAGAAGCAAUACAUGUGACAGGUUUGUGUGCCUGAGUUAUUCUGUGUGAAAUCAUCAUGGUUUGAUGUCACCCACCACAAACACCUUAGAGCUACUGGUUUUUUUUUUUUUGUUUAAUUGUUUUUUUUGCAUGCUUGCAAUGUGAUGACAUUGUAACGAAACUUCAGCUGUUUUAUAUUCACAUCUAUUAACUCUUCAACUCUCAAUAAUCGAAUUGCCGUUGGCUCCGAUCUUCCAAAAUAAAUGUCUAAACAUAUCAGAGGGUUAAUGAUAUGUCAAACACUGACGGUUCACAUCAGGAUAUUUCAGUUUUUACCAAGUUAUCUAGCCUGUUAGUUGUAAAUACCUGUGCCCUGAUUUGGAUGACCUCGAAAGUGAAAAACGAACAUACGAAUAAUAGCCAUCUCAGUUUCCUGUAUUAGCAACUGUGUGUGUGUGUGUGUGUGUGUGUGUGUGUGUAGUGAAGAAAUGUUAUGUGAAAUAUUUAAAGGGACAUGACAAAGAUGCUGUUUAACCCCCUCUAUAAUUCCAGCCGUUUUAUGUUCGGGAUUCAUGUUUUAAUUUAGUUAAACUUUGUAAAAACUUUUGUGCCAGUAUAAAAGUACUAUUUUAUUACUGAGAGUUAGAAGAUGACUAUUAGCACAGAAUGACAGUUCGUUUGAUUUGGUUUUUUUUGUAUUUAUACGUCCUUGAUUUGUUAUCAUUCGGCAGCAGCUUCUAUGAUGGGUGAUUUAGAAACCUUUCAAGUGAUUUGACAUGGAAUGACCGGUGUGUAUGUGGUUGUGUGUUGGCUGGUAUGUGAAGACAGAAGUGUGAAUUAUUUUACACAUACUCAGAAGUUAUGUGCUUAUGUAACAUAGCUCUCUAAGAACAGUAGGCUAAAAGGAAUUCUUGGUGCCCAGUGAAGCCACACUACUUCUCUGCUCCAAUCUUCUCUGUAUCAUAUCUCUGCCCCCCCCCCCCCUGGCCUCGGUUCUGACUUUUAUCAUGCACAACAGAACUCUUGAAUCAGUCUGCCUUCCCUCCCCUCCUCAGAGUGUAUUGUAAAAUCAUGUUUUUUUUUUUUUUUUGUUUGUUUUUUUUUGUUUGGUUAGCUGAACAUGGAUACAAGCUUUAUGAUGAAUUUAUGUAUUAUUUUCAAACUUGGCGUACAAGUGUAAUACUUGUUUUGCUCAAAUGCAUUUUCAAGAGUCACAGAUGUCUACAGUCAUGGUUAAUGGUGAACUUGAGCAGAACAAUAAAAAGAUCAAUUAAAAGCU